AUGGUUUAUUCAUCUUUGACUUGGGUUUGGUAUUGGAACCGAAUCUCUACAGGGGUGAAAUCGGUAGAGGUAAACCGGAAACAGAGCCGGAUAACGGUAAAUGGACACGUGGACCCAAACAAGGUGUUGAAGAGAGUGAAGAGCACAGGGAAGAAGGCAGAGUUUUGGCCAUACAUACCUCAACAUAUGGUCUAUUACCCUUUCGCUCCUGGCAUGUACGACAAACGCGCACCCGCGGGCCACAUCCGCAAUCCAACACAAGCGUUUCCAGCCGCAAACGCGCCUGAGGAAAACUACGUUUCCCUUUUUAGCGACGACAACGUCCAUGCCGCUUGUUCCAUCAUGUGA